CACAACCUUCGUUCCAAAAGCCAGCCGAAAUUUGAUAAUGGCACCCAAGGCAGAGAAGAGGCCAGCGGAGAAGGGUCCUGCAGAGAAGAAGCCUAGAGCCGAGAAGAAGCUCCCGAAAGAGGCCGCUAGUGGCACUGAGAAGAAGAAGAAGAGGUCGAAGAAGAGCGUUGAGACCUACAAGAUCUACCUCUUCAAGGUGCUGAAGCAGGUUCACCCUGACAUUGGGAUCUCGGGCAAGGCCAUGGGGAUCAUGAACAGCUUCAUCAGCGAUAUCUUUGAGAAGCUGGCUCAGGAGUCUUCGAGGCUCUCAAGGUACAACAAGAAGCCGACCAUCACUUCGCGGGAGAUUCAGACCGCCGUGAGAUUGGUGCUGCCUGGUGAGCUCGCGAAGCACGCCGUCUCUGAGGGCACCAAGGCGGUGACCAAAUUUACCAGCUCUUAAGGGCAAUUUGGGGAUUUAUUAUUUUUGUCAUUGGGAAUUGAAUUAGGGUUUUUAGUUGUAAAGACUAAAUUUGGGGUUAGGUUUAGGGUAUUUUUUUGGGAAUUAAAUUGGAACAUUUGCUAGAUGAUUUCUGGAUUGAAGAUCUCGAAAUGUUAAUUAGAUUGUUCUUGUUUUAGAUCAUAUAUAUUGUGCUUAAUGAUGUGUUUGGAAUUGGAACUCGGGAAAUGCUUGACAAGUAAUUUUAAGUUGGA